ACAGGUGCCUCGUCCACAAUCUUAAUCGAUCCACCAAUAAGUGACUUGCAAAUACCGUCUGGAGCUGACUUACAAUUAAAAUGCACGAGUGAUAAUCCGGCAUCCUGGUACUACCCACCGAGUGUUGAAGGAAAAGAUUCUUCUACAAAGAGUGUUACAUAUCCCCAAACGGAUGAUGAUAAAUAUAUGACUGUUAUUUUUAUUCAUCAUGCUCAUUACCUUGACACAGGAUAUUAUUACUGCAGUUCGAAUUUAAAAGAUGGUGAAGAGUCAAAGAUAUAUAUAUUUGUUAGAGACCAUAAGAAUCUGUUGGCUGUAAAUGAGUCCUAUGCUUUGAUUACUGAACAGGAAUUUAGUGAUGUAAUAAUUCCUUGCAAACCCACCAGUCAAGAUGUUGUAGUAAAAUUGAUCAAGGAUACAGAUGAGGAGGUGGGGGACUAUAGUUCAAAAAUUGGCUUUUUUAUUGGUAAAUUGAAUCUAGAACAUUCUGGCAGUUAUGAAUGUCUUGCAAAUCGAGGCAACCUGAGCCAAUCAACAACAUAUCACCUUCAUGUUGUUCCUAAGUCAGAAGAUAUACAUAAACCAAUUAUUGAAGUUGUUGGAGCAGAAGGUUCACACAUUGUUGUUGGGCAAGACAUUGACCUCUCUUGUACUGUAGUUGUGCCUUUAGGUGUCAAUGUCCUUAUAAAAUGGCAAAUUCCUGAUCAAGUAGAGAAGAAUAGACUGUCAUUCAAUGAAUCAACAUCCAAAGCUGUUGUAGGCAAUAUGAAUAUAAGAAAAGCAAGAAAAAUUUUAACCAUAAAAAAUGUUAAAAUUAAUGAUGCUGGAAUCUAUUCCUGUUAUGUUACUGAUCAUUCAGAAAAUACCAAUGUUAAUCACUUUGAAAUGGAAAUAUAUCCUGCUAAUAUGACAUAUCUAUCUUUGACUGUAGAAGGUAAUGAUGUAAUUGAAGUCAGAGCAGGUGAAAGAGAAGCACAUUGGAUUAUACAUGUAGAUGCAUUUCCGACAGCUAAUUUGUACUGGUUUGGACCUGCAAAUAAUUCUCUUUCUAAUCCUGAUAAAUAUGAAGUUCACAUUGAGUCAUCUCAAACUAAAGUAAUUGUCAAGAACAUUUCAAUUUUUGAUUCAGGUGUUUAUACAUUGGAAGCAGAAAGCAGUAUUAAAAAAGAAACAAUAAAUGUGACAUUGUUAGUUGAAGAUCAGCCUAAAGUUUAUUUGAAUUAUAAAGAAAAAUUUUAUUUUGAUAUUAAUAAGGAACAAUCAAUAAAUUGCACUAUUAUCGCAUUCCCUAAGCCUACAGUCAGAUGGACCUUUCAUCAAUGCACAGAUUAUGAAACAUUUUGUGCUGAAGGUCAUAAGCAAACUGCUAUUCCAAUGCACUCAAAACCAUUAAUAAAUAUAAAUGAAGUAAAAUGGCUGUCAACAGUGGAAUGGUAUGCUAGUGAAUCUGGUAUUAUUACUUGUUUGGCAGCAAAUUAUUUAGGACAGAAGGAAGAAUCUAUCCAAUUCAGAGUAUCUGAUGUUAAUGGUGGAUUUGAUAUUUGGGGUCCAAGACAUCGUGUUCUUAGUUCUGAUAACAUAUUGCUAGGUUGUGGUGCAUCUAAAUAUGAGUAUCAUGGACAAAUUGACUGGAUAUACAAAACUGAUAAAGACCCAGAGGGACAGGUGUUAGCGAAUGUUCCAAGUACUGGAAUAUCGAUAAUGAAAAAUGAUACUCUUUUUUCACAUCAGACUUUUUUGUUUUUAUCAGAUGUAAAUUCUCAUAAAUCAGGGAAUUAUAUUUGUAGAGCCAAAACAUUGAUGUCUAGUGUUUAUAAAGAAAAGGAAUUCAAACUUUUAGUUCAAGACAGGAAAGCUCCUUCAUUCACAAUGUUUUCUAACAUGAAUGGUUCAAAAGUAAUCAUUGAUGUAGGAACAUCUAUAAGUUGGAAUUGCUCUGUUAUUGGUGUUCCUGAGCCUGAAGUCAUUUGGUACAAGGAUAAUCAAAUUCUUGUAACUAAAAAUGAUCGGGUGAAGCUUGAAAACAGAAACCAUACUCUUCGUGUAACUUAUGCUAAUAUAGAAGAUGCUGGACUUUAUAAGUGUAUCGCAUCAAAUAGUGCUGGAAAUGUUAGUGCUGAAAAUAUGUUGAAAAUAAGAGGACAUGUUAUGCAAUCCAAAGUUAUAUGGUGGGUUCUUGUUGGAUUAAUAAUUAUAAUAUUACUCUGUGUAAUUGCAUUGGCAAUAUAUUGCAAAAAGUAUAAAAAGGAGCAAAGAAAAAGAAGAGAACUUAUUUCAGUUGGUUUAUAUAAUUUUUCGGAAGGUCAAGUUGAAGCUAUUGAUCCAAAUGUUGAUAUUGGAGAGCAAGCUGAUUUAUUACCUUAUGACAAAAAAUGGGAAUUCCCAAGAGACAAAUUAAAAUUAGGAAAACAACUUGGCAGUGGUGCUUUUGGCAUCGUUUUGAAAGGACAAGCCUAUGGUCUUCAUGAAGAUAAUGAGCCUGUUAUUGUUGCGGUAAAAAUGGUAAAAAAAACAUCAGAUAUUUCUAAUGUCAAGUCUUUGGCUACUGAAUUAAAGAUAAUGGCUCAUUUAGGACAACAUCUGAAUGUUGUAAAUCUGCUUGGUGCAUGCACAGGAAAUGUACACAAUAGAGAAUUAUUGGUUUUGGUUGAAUAUUGCAGAUAUGGAAAUUUACAUAAAUAUUUACAAAACCAUAGAACAGCAUUUAUAAAUCAAAUUAAUGAAGUGACCGGAUAUGUUGAUUUCUCAAAUAGAAGUGCUUUUACUGAACUGACAUAUUUGAAACCAAAUGCUUAUUAUCAACCUAAUUCUGAGCAAGCUUCAGAGUACUCAAAUGGUCAUUCUGGAGUCACCUAUACAACUUCUUUAUCAACACCUAUAGGUGAAGAUGGAUAUUUAAUGAAUAGGGAUGCUGAAAUUCUAGCUGAGUAUCAUGGUGAUUAUAUAAUAAAUAGUGUAAGACCAAUAUGCACUCAAGAUUUAUUUUGCUGGGGUUAUCAAGUUGCUAAAGGCAUGUCAUAUCUGGCAUCCAGAAAGUUAAGUAAUCUUACUUUUUCUUUUGUGAUUCUGACAUUCUUUCAUUUUCAUAUUUGAACUAGAAUCAUCAUUGUUUUAUAAGAUAGUACUGUUAUAAUUUUGAUAUUAAUUAAUAAUGAAUUAAGCAGUAUGUACUCAUAAGACAUACUACAUUAACAUUACUUUUUUAAUUUAAUAAUAAAUAUCUUAUUGCAUAGAGGAGGCAAAUAGAAUCCUUGCUAACAAAUUUUCCAGCGUCAAAAGUUCCUCCAAAAUUUUUAGGUUCAUUAUUAUCUAUCUCAUCAUCUUAUUCUGUGAUAUUGCCAUAUGAUACCAUGACACCAUAUUUUCAAUCCUAACACAAACACCAAUGAUGAUUAACUGUAAGUGUCGAAUGUUUAACACUAGCUGAAGAAAGGUUAAAUUAAAUAUAUUUAUAAUUGGUAAUUGGUUGACUGUCGUGGAUAAUGAAGAGAAGAAUAGUUGGGGUGUUCAGUCAGAAAGGAAGGCAAAAAUAAAUUAUAAUAUUUAUUUUUUACAUAUGCCGACGUUUCGACCUGAAGUUCAGGCCUUCAUCAGGGCUUUCUCCUUAAGUGUCGAAGGGAGAAUCAUUCUAUUCUUCUCUUCAUUAAAUAUAUUUACUUUAAUUAAUGUUACUAUAUAUAAACAUACAGCUUUGGUGUAUGGAAUUCAGCUGUUUUGUAAGUGCACCCUCCCUCACAAUAUUCCUGUAUCUGCCACUGGUGUGAACAAAGAUCUACUGAAUAUCCAAUAAACCUUUUGGAUUUUGAACCUAAAAAAAACCACAUGAGUGUAUUUUGCCAAAUCCUUGUGGAUGAAGGAUUUCACUUCACAGGUUUCAGUUGUGUCAUAGUGUCUUGAAGUUGUGAUAAAAAAUUUUCUGCAUCGUUGUGAAUUGAACUGGCUGUCCAAGAAAUUUGUCAGGAUUGUGCAAUGGAGACACCGGUAUCGGGUAGUGAUAGAUUCAAUUCUUGAAAGUAUAUCAGCAACCAUGUACAGUUUGCCAUUUAUGUGCCUAAUGUUGGUAGAAUACUCAGAAGUAUAUUGUAAGCGUCUUAGUUACAGCAGGAUAGCUUUUUCAUUUUUUUGCUUGAAGGCAUAAAUCAGUGGGUGAUGAUUGGUGUAUAUUAUAAAAUGUUUUCCUUCAAGGGUGUGUCGGAAGUGUUUGACUGAUUCAUAGAUGCCAAACAAUUUUUUUCUGCACAUUUUAAUUUCUUAUAAAAGAAAGCUAGUGAUUUCCAUUUGCCAUCCUCUAGUUGUUGCAUUACUCCUCCAAUUGGGUAGUCACUGGCACCAACAACAAGAGCCUAAGGUAAGUCUGCUCUGGAGUAGGAAAGCAAAGAAGGAUUGUUGCGUCCUUUUUGUAUUUCUCAAAUUGGGAAACCGCUUCAGGGGUCCACGAAAUUUUGUGAUUGUCCUUUUUACGAGUUCCUUUUAUUUAUUCAUGGAGAAUAGCCUGAGUUUCAGAAGCUUCUGGUAGAUAGCUUUUAGAAAAAUUAAUCUUACCGAGAAAUCGUCAAAGUCCAGCAAUAGUUUCAGGGAGUUUGAAAUCCAAAAUAGCUUGUACUCAAUCAGGUAAUUGUUUAGCACUAUCAAGUGCGAUCAUGUACCCUAGAAACUGUAGUUUUUGCACACUAAAUCAUGACUUUGCAGCAUUAAUGUGAAGUCCAUAUUUUUCAAAUGGUCAAAAACUAGUUUGAGGUGAUAUUGUUACUCUUCUUACGAAGGCAGUCCAGAUAUGGGUAAUAAUCUGAACACAUUAUUUAAUUAAAUGUGAUAUUGAGUUAACAUUUGAUAUCGAUUGUUGAUAAAAUAAAAUAUUAUGGAUUGUCCUUCUCCUACAUAUAUAUAAAGGGGAAAAUAGAGAGAGAGAAAGUGAUAAGGGUAGAGAAUGUGAACAUGAAAAUUAAAGAUAUAGUAUAUUAAAGCCCAACUUGUUAUUGGGUUAAGACUCUACUAAAACAAUGUAUAAAAUAAAUAUUUCUCAUAUCUCUUUAUUUCUGAUUUGACGGUUUUGUUAUAAUUAAUAGUUAUUUUAAGUUUCAUAAACGUAGGUGAAACAAAUAAAAAAAGAAACACUAAAAACCCUGAUGUUGUUAAAAGUUUUCCCUCUGGCUGAAUUUUAUUCGGAUACUGUCUGCUAUGCAGCAGCACUAUGCAUCACUCUUUACUCCUUUUAGAAGAUUUGAAAAAUAUGCACAGUAUUAAACUGCUGCAUGACAUUUCCCCACUCCCUCCUACUUUGCUAUGUACAAUAUACUGGUUAAAAAUGUUCUAAAAUAGCUUAGGUUUCCUCAAAUACCUUAUCUUUUAAUUGAGUUGUUAUGGGUAAUGGGAAUAAGAAAUUUAUUUCUUAACUUGAUCUUUCACUUCUUGUUCUUUGAUUUAACUAUCAGAGAGAAUACAAUUAUGUUGGAUAUCUGGUGUUGCAUAGAGGCUGAUUUGGUAUUUUAAUCUUUUUUACUUACAUGUUUUUUAAAAAUAAAAUAUUUUUGUGUUAUUUAGUUUUAAAAUAAUUAAAUUAUUUUGUAGGUUCUGCAUGGUGACUUGGCUGCAAGGAAUGUUCUGUUAGCUGAAGGAAAUAUUGUUAAGAUAUGUGAUUUUGGACUAGCAAAAUCAAUGUAUUCCAGAGAAAAUUACAAGAACAAAAAACGUGAUAUUCCUUUACCUGUGAAAUGGAUGGCUAUCGAAGCCAUCACUGAUGGAAUAUUUUCUACUCAAUCUGAUAUCUGGUCCUAUGGAAUAUUUUUAUGGGAGUUAUUUUCUUUAGCAGUUACUCCAUAUCCAGGACUUUAUGGUGAAGUGUUCUACCAGAAAUUGCUCCAGGGGUAUCGAAUGGAAAAACCAAAGUAUGCAACGGAAGAUGCGUAUAAUUUAAUGCUGGAAUGUUGGAAAGAAAAACCUAUGCUUCGACCUUCUUUUGAUGAAUGUGCUGAAAGAUUAGGUCAGAUGCUUGGUCAAAAUGUUAAACAACAUUAUCUGGAUCUCAACAACCCUUAUUUAAAUCUCAAUGCUCAGUUAUCUGCUGAAUCAGAUCAUCUGAGUAAAAUGGUACAACCUACAUAUGAAAAUUGUUUAGCAGCAGGUUUACCCGAUAACACACCUGAGGGAUAUGUCAUUAUGAAGAAGGGCAAUGAAAGAGAUGAACCUCAAAAUGAAAUGGAGCUAAAGCCUAUGUUGGUACCAGGAUGUAAUAGUUUCCUAAACCCUGGAUAUGAGGAUAUGAAAAAGUUUGGAGCCCAUUAUUAUAGUAAUCUUUCACAGGAUUGCCCGGUAUCAGAAGUGAUAGUGGAUUCUGAUUAAAUACCAUUACUCUUUGAUAUUUUGAAGAUUUUUCGAACUGAAUAGACUGAAGACAAUUUUAUCAAAUGUAAAUAUUUAGUUCUUAUAUAUUUAAAAUUGCAAUAUUUUUAAUUGAAAGAAUUGAUAAAAUAAAAUUUUAUAUUUUGAGCUUAUGUAUAAAAUACAUUGGAACAUGUUUAUAUCUAUAGUUACACUGUUAAUUAUAUUUGUUUUAUUUUUUCAUGAUCAGAUGUUUUGUUGUUUAUAAAACGUUUUUUUACCACUGUUUUCAUGAACAGUGGUAAGCCGGCACUUGGGAAAUGUUAAAGGGGGCCAAGAUUAGAAGACCAUACCUAAAGUGUAAGCCCAGUUAUCAGUUGAUUGCCUGUAAUAUAAUAUAAUUAUUACUUGUACGGCUUAUUGAAUUGUUUUGUGAGUUAUUAUUAAGUAAAUGACAGUGAAACAUUGGGAGGACAGAGAAAGUGUGGUCCCCUUAAUAAAAUCUUGGGGGGGAGGGAGUGGUUGAGCAUUAAUUGUCUUAUAUCCCUGGUGCUGGUGUCUAUGGCAGUUUUAUCUUUUAAGAAAUAGAAUUUAUGGGUAUUCAUUCUAAAAUAUUUAAUAUUCUAAAUAUAAUGUCAAUUCAAUUAGUUAAUACUGAAGAGAACUAUUAUUGUGAAAAUCAUGUUCUCUUAUAGAUUAUAUUUAAUGUAAAUGAUGUACUUUAAUUUUGUUUGUAUUUAUAUAAUUUUCUUAUUAUAAAUAAUUGUAUAUAUCAAACUUUGGUUUUAAGACACCAUGUUUUAACUGGUGGACUAUUUAUUGUCAUUUUAGUACAAACUUAAGACUAAUUGAGUUUACUGAAACGUGAUUUAUGUUUACUACUUACUUUUUGGUUGCUCCUAAAAUGAUGUUUCUCAAUUAUUGACUGGUCUACUCUCAUGCAAGAAAGUCAAUAACAUAAUUUAUUCUUUGUAAAGCUUGUUUCUACUUAUGAACAUAGUUUUUAUUCUUAUGGCAGGAUUUUACUUAUAACAAUUAGUAGCUGUUAUAUAUUUAAAGUAAGAUUCCAUGUUAAUUAAUUUACUAUUCCAUGUUCAUUAUUUAUAUUGUGUAUUUAUGAAUGUGUAGACAUGUUUCAUGAAGAUGAUGUUUAUAUCAUGAAGAUGUACAUAAAGCUGGCUGGUCCAUUUGUUUAUAUAUGUAUAAAUGAAAUGUACUUAAUUUUUUUUUAUUGUGAUAAUGAUUUAUAAGUCUGAAAAUUGUAAAUAGUUUUUUCCUUCAAUAUGAAUAAAUUGAUAAUUUUUUUUAGCUAAGCUAAUAAAUUAAUUUAAGAAAUUGAAAUAUCUCAUGAUUAUUCACAUGAAAAGAUUUUAUUCUUGUAUUUAUUUAAUUUAUUGAAUAUAUUUUUCAUGUUUAUUCUUCCAAUUUACCUUUGUCUUUCCUGGGAGCUUGCAUAUGUAUCAUUAUAAAACAUUCUUUGAUUGACCCCUAAUAGUUUUAUGGUCACUGUUUUUCAUUAGUUAGUUGGUAACCUAAAAUCAUAUUUUUCAUUUUAAAUAAUACCAUAAAAAUUACUCUAUUAAUGUUCUUCCUUCCACUGUAUGAUGUAAUGAAAUAUAUUUCCUUUUUGUA